AUGAAUAUUAACAACAAUAGAAAUAAUCAAAACGUUGCUAACAUGGUACGAUUGGGCCGAAAUCAUGGUCAGAACUUACCACGACAACACAUUAACGUAAAUAACAUCGUUCCAAAUGUCAACGUCUAUGAAAGGACAGAAAAUUAUAAUCUUAAUAUUGAAUGGUUUUUAAAGGGUAUUAACGGAGUGUCAGGUGCUUCUCAA